UAUCCAAAUGACGAUGUCUGUUAAGUAAGUUAAUGAAAAGGGCUUAACCAAAAUUGACUAUAAUCGGAAUUGGUUGUAGGAUGGUUGCUAUAUUCCUCUUAAACUUGGUGAACAAUGAAAAUGUGAUCAAUAUAUUCACAUCCUGUAAAUAAGCUGGAAUCGCGAGUCACGUGUUCAAGGAUUUUGGGUAAUCCACAAAGUACAAUGGAAGCGAAUAGUUCACACACGAUCGGAAGAAAACAUAUGUGCCUCAAGUGGGUGUAUGAACAUGCAUUAGUCAUUAGAACACAAGUGAUUAUCAUGACUGAUUUGACUGAUUUAUUACGUGACUUUCUUAACCCAUUUUCCAUUGACCUCAUUGCCAUAUAAAUACACGUGUAUUUAAAUGACAAUUCGAUUGGCAACUCCCACUAACAUUAUCGUGUAGUGGAAGAUAAACAUUCAGAGUGAGGAGAGUAAGUUGUGAAUUUUCUGUGACUUACGUGGUGCUAUUACUACUCUACUUCAUUUACGCUGACUAGUACACUUGAACUCAACAACAAAGAUUUACUGACUACUAACAGGUCGAAAAUUCUCUUUCUUUCAGAAUGGCAAUGAGACUCAUCGUCUUACUACUACUGAGUGUGUUCGUCUUCGAACACCGAAUGGUCGAAACCUUAUCAGUCUCCUCACCUAGUGAAGGACCGACCGUCACUGUCACUGAGCAAGUGCAACUGGAUAAUGUGACAAAGGAUUCUGAGAGUGGAUAUGGAAGUGAAGAUAUAGAUACGACACUUAGUCCGACUGAAAAUAAUCACACUGAUGCAAGUGUGUUACAGGUUGUUGGCGGUGAUAAUGCCACACAAUCACAAUUGCUUCAUGGCUAUUACCGCCACCAUUACGGCCACCAUGGAUGCCAUGGACACCACAAACAUCACCAUCAUCAUCAUCAUCAUCGUCAUCAUGGACAUCACCACCACGGUCAUCAUCACCACCAUCAUCAUCACGG